UAGUAAUAUCGAUUAGGAGUUAGUGCAUCAACUUCCUGACUUCUGUCGUCUUCUGCACCGGUUCUUUACAUUUUCAUAAGUUAUUCUGUAACCUGUUUUCUCUGAUUUGUUUAUAGGAAGUUUUAAAAGUUGUGUUAACCAAACUGUAGAAAAGGAGACUUGAUUGAGGUUAAAACGUGUCUAUUUGGCCUAUGUUACUACUGCAGCUUGGGAGAUACAGAUUCAAGCUCUUGAACUGUGUUCCCUGAUUGCAAAGUGGGAGAGGCUUAUAAAGGCAAGAAUUUACAAUGUUACAUUUAGCUGCUUGAGUUGCUUGUCAGGAAUUAUCACUGGAGCUGGGAGGAGAUGAGGACUUGCUUGGGGUCCUUGCAGUUGAGAAGAACCAAAGAUGAUACUUGGAAAGCAGACGACCUCCGAAAACACCUUUGGGCGGCUCAGUCCUCUGGUCCCAAGGAGGAGAAGAAGCACAGAGACCGGAAACCUCUGCGGGAGUCGGAAGCGGACCUGGCAGACGGCAAAGAGCACCGACCCGGGGACCCCGACCGCGAGGCCAAGCACCGAGAGCGAGAGCGGGCCGCCGAGCGGGAUGGCCACGCCGCCCGGGAGCACCCGCGCGGGGACAGGCAUCGGGAGCGGCGGAAGGACAGGGACCGGCAGAAGGAGAGGCACCGGGAGCUGGACGCAGAGAAGCCGCACGGCCGGGGGAAGGAGCGCGAGAGGGACCAGGAGCACCGGGCGCGCCGCGAGGAGCUGAGGCAGGCGGCCGCGCACCACAACCUGCUGGCCCGGGACCGCGACCGGGACCGGGACCAGGACAGGCCGGAGCGCCGGCGGGCAGGAAGUAAAGCAAGAAUUGAAGAGAGGGAGCAGAGAGAUGAAGACUCUGAGCGAGGAGAUGAGGAUCGGGAGAGAAGGUACCGAGAGAGAAAGCUGCAGUAUGGCGACAGCAAGGACAACCCCCUCAAGUACUGGCUGUACAGAGAGGAGGGCGAGAGGCGGCACAGGAAGCAGAAGGAGCCAGAGCGGGAGAAGAAGCACCGGGAAAAGAGCGCCACGCGGGAGCGGAGAGAGAAGAGUUCCAAGGAGAAAGGCAGCUCGUUCUCCGACAAGGAAGGGGAGGAGAGGCAUAGAGAGAGGCGCCAUAAGGAGGGCGUCCCCGCGGGCGAGGAGAGGCCGCGAGGCCACGCGGAGAGGAAGGAGCGGUCUCGCAGGGAGGAGCACAGGAGGAGGGAGGCGAAGGAUGGGGAGCACAGACAUCGUGGUACGAGUCUGAGGAGAGACGGCACGGGCAGCCAGCAUGUGGAGAACUCAGUGAGGAGUGACGGGAAGGACAGAGACUCAAGAAGGAAGCACGGCCGCGAGGAGGGCCCCUCGGUGUGGAAGCUGGAGCAGAGGCAGGGGAGCGAAGAGGCCACGAAAAUCGAAAAGGAAGACGUUGAUUUAGAAAAUGUUGGAACGGAUGAGUAUACAGCCAUUUUUGAAGAUGAUUUUGAGAGCUCUGAAGAGUGCACAGUUCUGUCGGGGGUAUACGGACGCGGAGGAGCAGGCACAGCAGUUUGCACACAAACCUGUGAGCUGCAGGGCGCCCAGGCACACGGGGGCCUGUCUGUGCGUCCUGCCGGCUGCGUCCUCCGCCCGCGAGCCUGUCUGCUCUGCGUGCAGGACUAUGAGGACGACUUCGAGGUCUGUGACGGGGCUGACGACUGCGGGGCGGAUGAGCCCAGAGAGGGCGAGGCAGCGGAGGAGCUGCCUCCGGCCCGGAGGAGGGAGAUCCAGGAGAUCCAGAAGGCCAUCCUCGCGGAGAACCAGCGGGUCGGCGAACUGUCCUCGAAGCUGCCCGAGAAGCAUGGCUGCCCAGAGUGCGCUGGGGGGCCGGGCCCGGAUGCAAACAGCUCCCCUUCCAAAACCCCCCUGUGUGGAAUUUUCAUGGAUUUUGCCACAGCCUCACACCGUCAAAAGAAUCGGACUCAGGCCCUUAAGCAAAAGACGCGCAGCGCAAAGCUGCUGCGGCUCAUCGACAUGGACUUCUCCUUCACCUUCUCCCUCCUCGACCUCCCGCCCGUGAACGAGUACGACAUGUACAUCCGGAACUUCGGGAGGAAGAACACCAAGCAGGCCUACAUUCAGUGUAAUGAAGACAGUGUGGACCGGGACAUCCAGACCGAGGAAGUGGAGACUCGGGAAGUGUGGACCCAGCACCCGGGGGAAGGCGCCGCUGUGUCUGGGGGGAGUGAGCAGAGUGGCCCUGGAGAUACUGCCAUCGUCCCAAAGGUUGACACGCCCCGUCUGUCCAGCUUCCUGCGGGCAGCCUGCCAGGUGAUGGCAGUUCUGCUUGAAGAGGACCGGGCAGCGGCUGAGCCGGGCUGGAUGUCCCAGGCGCAGGACUGCACCCUGCCUUUCAGCGACAGCUGUGUGCGGCUAGACACCAGCUUGCCCUUCCUGCAGGACCGGAGCGUGUCCUGCCUGCACGCGUGUCAGGCUCAGCGGUGCACGCUGGUGUCUGUGCACGGGCUGCCGGGGACGGCCUUGGCGCCCCUGCUGGACCACAGACACGUGCUCUGUGUGUGGGAUGUCCGGCAGCCGUCAGGGCCCCAGAAGGUCCUGGUGUGCGAGUCGAAGGUCACAUGCUGCUGCUUCAGCCCUGUGAAAGCCUUCCUGCUGUUUGCGGGGACCGUGCACGGCUCGGUGGUCGUGUGGGACCUGAGGGAGGACCCCAGGAUCCAUCUCCGCAUGACGCUGAGCGGGUGCUCCUGGACGUUCAGGACCCCCACCUUCUCCACCGACGGCGUCCUGAUGUCCGUGAACCACCGCAGCCCCCUCCAGGCAAUAGAGCCCAUCACGGGGUCUGUCUGCAAGAGGCAAACCUGUGUGCUUUCACCCUUCUCUACUCAAGACGAGACGGCAGGCCUGUCCUUCCACGUUACUUCCUUGGACGAAAGCGGGCUUCUCAACGUGUGGGUGGUGGUUGAAUUACAGAAGGCAGAUGUUGCAGGUUCAAUAAGUGACUUAGGUUUAAUACCUGGAGGACGGAUAAAACUGGUACACAGCGCUGCGAUCCAGCUGAGUGACAGCCUUUCUCAUAAGGGUUAUGAAUCCUGGGGGUCCGUGCAGACACUGAACGUUAAAUUUCUGCCUUCAGACCCUAAUCACUUUGUUGUCGGCACAGACGUGGGCCUCGUCAGCCACGGCAGCAGACGGGACGUCAGAGUGUCUCCCAGGCUGUUCCGGCCCCAGCAGCAGGGCCCGAGGCCUGUGAAAGUGACCGUGAUUGACUUCUCACCAUUUGAGGAGCCCGUAUUCCUGGCCGGCUGUUCUGAUGGCAGCAUCCGGCUGCACCGCCUGACCGCAGAGCGCCCGCUCCUGCAGUGGGACCACAGCACCUGCGGCCGUGCCGUCACCGGCCUGCAGUGGUCCCUGACGAGGCCGGCCGUGUUUCUGGUGCAGGACGACACGUCCUGUGUGUACGUGUGGGACCUCCUGGAGAGCGAUCUGGGGCCUGUGGCCCGGCAGCCCAUCUGUCCAGACAGGCUGGUGGCCAUGACCGUUGUGGGGGAAGCAGAGAAAACCCGCGGUGGCUUCCUGGCCCUGGUGCUGGCCAGAGCCUCUGGGAGUGUGGACGUCCAGUACCUGCGGCGGGAGUGGGCAACCCCGGCCAGUGAUGAACUGCAGAGGCUGAGGCUGCUGCUGCGGGAAGCCCCGUAGGUGGCGGGAGCCCGAGAUGAAGUCGUGCGGUGGCUCCAAGCUUACAUCGGAUGCAUGUACAUUUGUAUAGAUAGAAGGCGUGUGUCUGUACAGAAUUCAUUUUUCAAAACUAUCACUUCAGUACGCCAUAAAUAAAUCACUAUUUUUGAAUGGAAACAGCAAACCUCUUAGUGUAUACUAAACUCCAAAGGCAACAGAGAGCCAUAUGGGACACUUUUCCAAGGAUAUUUCUACUCGUUUUCAAAACAGCUUUGUAAAACUUAUUAUGAGAUUUUUAAACACUCCAAAUGAAAAUAUAUUUUAAUGAAGUUUUCUUAGUCUUAUAUAAAAUGACAUAUUCACUGGUUUAAAUUAAAGACCUGACUCCAGUGAAAUGACCUCCCACUGUGUUUUCUUAGGACUUUCUUGCGCGUCUUCUACUGGAAAUGGAACGUCUACUGAGGCACGUUUGCUUUAUGCUUUAGUGUUAACAGUUAGCUUUGUGUAAGGAUGAUGUGAGUACAUAAGUUCUCUUAACUGUACAGUUAUCAUAGCAGUUUAGGGGCAGGAGAACCCUGGGCUGAUGCCUCUGCCCACACCCAGUAUCACUGACACGGUGACAGGUGAGUGGUCAGCGGGGGGAGGGGUUUGUUCUUUCUGGGCCACAAGCAGCUGCUGCUUCGUGCCAGCGACAGGGGGGUUAAACCCAGAACUGGGAGCCAGCAGAGAACACAGGCUCCCAGGGCCCCGCGUUUCUCGUAAAUCCCUCAGCUGCCCAUGGUCCUCUUAGAGCCCUGUGCCCUGCUGCGCCUGCUGGCACGGCCUUUGCUGUGGCUGGCUCAGAGCCACUCCCUCUCCGAGGCCUCCCGGGUCCUGUCUCUGGAAGUCUCCUGCUGCUGUUCUGUCCCUCAGUCGUCUCUGACCCUCUGCGACCCUGUGGACCGCAGCAUGCCAGGCCUCCCUGUCCUUCACCACCUCCUGGAGCGUGCUCAAACUCAAGUCCAUCGAGUCGGUGAUGCCAUCCAGCCAUGUCAUCCUCUGUCGUCCCCUUCUCCUCCCGCCUUCAGUCUUUCCCAGCAUCAGCGUCUUUUCCCGUGAGUUGGCUCUUCACAUCGGGUGGCCACAGUGUUGGAAGUUCAGCCUCAGUUGCCCUCUGGCUGCUCCGUAAGUGCCAGCCUCGGGGUCUCUGCCCACUUGUGGAUGAGCUCCAGGGAAGGCGAGUGCGCUUGUCCCAUUGCUGGUCAGAGCCUCAGAGUCUGCCUCAGCCUGGCUCCCGCUCCGUGAGGGUUUCCCGGAGGAGGGGCUGAGGAAUCUCUUACAGGGAGACUUUAUCAGCAUCACUGCCUCAGAGUGAAGACUUCACUUUGAAAGUGUUCAGCCCUCCAUUCAUCUUUUUUUCCUGAAUGGACUAAAGUACCUGAAGGUAAUUUGGCUUCUGUAUCUAGCUAUUUGUAAUCUUGUGUUGCUUUUUUACAUUUAACAGAGAUUUGAGGAUAAGCAAUCAAGACAGGAAACCGUAAACAAGACUGGUCCAGGGUCUGGUCUGUGGGUUUGAGCUCCGUCCUCUGGACACUCGCCUGCCUCUGCUGAGGGUUUUGCUCCUUCCGUGUGAUGGGUCCAGGGAAACAGUGUGUUGUGUGGUAUGGUGUCAAUACCCGGGAACCGACAGGUCUGAAACAACAGACAGAGCAAAGCAGAGGGCAGAGCUGCUCAGAGCCCCGCUUCUGCCCCCCACCCUCCACCGACCCGCAUCCGUCCCUUUCUGUGCUGGGAGCCCCUCGUCUGCCCCCCACCCUCCACCAGACCCGGUCCCGCCCCUCCCUGCGGGGAGCCCCGCGCCUGCCCCUCACCCUACACCCAGCAUUUGCAGACGUUCGCGGAACCGCCCCUUGCGCCGCCCUGAACCCUGGAGUGGCUCCGCCUGCUGGGUCAGCACCCGCCUCCCAGCACAGCCAGGUCCUCAGGGCUUUGUGAGCAGCACCGAGCUGAAGCUCUAAAUCUGUCAGGAUUCUUUAAUUUGUGUACAGUUAGAAGAGAAGACUUCUCUUAAAUUCGGUGGUAUCAUCUUAUAGUUGUUGCAGGGAGGAAGCCAGUUCUGACUCCACGUAGGAACCUGUUUCUUUGGCUUGUUUUUAUUAUUACAAUCACACUCGGUGGCUUCCCUGCAGGACCCUGCCCCUCUGCUCACUGUAAACUAAAGGGCCUUGUUCAGCUCAAGGAGAGACAGUUCGUCCCCGCCCACCUGUGAAUAGAAGAGGUUAACAGACCCCUUCCGAAGGCUGGACAGUCCCUUGGAGAUGUUUUGCAAGACUAAAGACCCUUUGGCCACCUGAUGCGAAGAACUGACUCAUUUGAAAAAACCCUGAUGCUGGGAAAGAUUGAAGGUGGGAAGAGAAGGGGGUGACAGAAGAUGAGAUGUUUGGAUGGUAUCAUUGAGUCAAUGGACAUGAGUUUGAGUAAAUCCCGGGAGUUGGUGAUCGACAGGGAAGCCUGCUGUCCUGCAGUCCGUGGUCACAUUGAGUCGGACAUGACUGAGCUGAACUGAAAGAUGAAAGACCCUUUUACUUUACUUCCCCACUGCACCUCCCUCUCUGUUCUGCCUUUUGACUUUAGUUCCUCAUUGCUCCUUUCUCUCUGAUCUAUAAAAGAACCUGGCGGCCAGACCCCAGUAAGAUGGUUAUUUUCAGACACUAGCCUGCUAUCUUCUUGGUCUGCCAGCUCCCCGACUAAAGUCUCUUCCUUGUCUCAACACCUUGUCUCUCAGAUUCAUGGCCUGUCAUGCAGUGAGCAGAGUGAGCUUGGACUCAACACAAUGGUACAGUAUUACUGAUUCUUGCUCACAGUUUUACUUGGAUAAAGAUAUAACCUAUCACACAUCAAAGACUCACCAAGAGCUGGAGAUAUAUAUCCAGUUUUUCAACAAAUAAUCUCACACUGUAUUCUGUGGUUAAAAAAAUAAUAAAGAUUUACAAAUAAACUAAAUAAGUAAAUAAGAAAAAGAUAAUUGUAUUUGGACUAUCCAGAGGCAAAUAUCUUUAGUUUUACUGGAUUUCUUUCCUGUCUCUUUUUUUCUCACUGUUUAAACAACUUUAUUGAGAUACAAUUCACAUAUAAUACAGUUUACCCAUUUACAGUGAGCGGUUCAACAGCUUUGGUGUUAAAACCACAGGGUUGGGACUUGCCUGGUGGUCCGGUGUUAAAACUCCACCUUCCAGUGCAGGGGAGGAGGGUGCCAUCCCCCAUCUGAGAACUGAGGCCCCACAUGCCACAGAGCUACUGAGGCCACCCUCCACAAGUAGAGAGUCCGUGCACCGCAAGAAGAUCCCGUGUGCCGCAGACCCAACACAGCCGAGUAAACCCAGCUUUAGAACAUUUCUCUAUCUGCAGAAAGAAAUCUCGUGUCAAUAGCAGUCUCGCCCCGUGGUCCCCAGUUCCACCAGCCCAGGAUGGACACUGAUCUUCAUGUCUCUGUAGAUUUGUCCAUUCUGGAUAUUUCAUACAAAUGGAAUCACAUAUAAUAUGUGGCCUUUUAUGACUGGAUUCUUUCACUUACAUAAUGAUGUUCACAAGAUUCUUCUAUGUAUCAGUACUCCAUUUCUUUUUAUUCAAUUGUAUGGCUGUACCACAUUUUGUUUAUUCAUCAUCUGGACACUUGAAUUGUUUCCAGUUUGGGGCUAUUGUGCUACUGGGAGUAUUUGUGUACUAGUUUUUGUGUGUCUUCAUUUUACUUUGGUACGCACCUCAGAGUGGAAUCCUUGCCAACACACACCAUCUGACAUUCUGAUUAUAACCUGUGUGUGCAUUGGUGUCUCACUGUGGUUUUGAUUUGCGUUUCCCUAAAGAUCAGUGAUGUUGAGCAUUUUCUCAUGUGCUUAUCGGCCAUUCAUACAUAUCGGCCCUUUAUAGAAAAGUGUAUUCAGAUUGUUUUACCAUUUUUAAAUUGGGCAAUUUAUCUUUGAAAUUGCUGACUAGUGUUUUUCAUUUAUUU